UCGCCCAUCGACUGCGUUGUAUAUCAUCGCGAGGAGCUCAAAGAGCGGGAGCAGGUGCAUCGAUUGACGGCAACGGUCAACCAUCAUCGCGCACCCAAGAGUACGCCUUUGUCUGCCCAGCAUGGAGGCUGAUCCAGCUCAGAUCCGUUCGAAUCUGCUCGAAUUGUCCAAGAACUUGUGGUCGCGCGAUGUGGUGAUGUUCAACUCCACCAUCAAUGCCCACUUUGCCUCUUCGGCGAUCUACAAGGGGCACGGACUAGAGAUAAGCGGGGCCAGCAACGUCAAGCACGCCGCAUGGCUGCUCAAUUCUUUAGACGCUGGGCCUGGCGCUCAAAUCGACGUUGAAGAUAUCGUUUGGGACGAAGACACUUCGACGGCAACGAUCAAAUCCACUCGCUUCUUGCGUCCUCGUCUCUUUCCGCUCUUUACUUUUGCCUUUGCGGUCCGCUCCCGCAUCACACUGCACGCUGACGGAGCAGGCAAGAGGACUCAGGGCAAGUCGGGCUUGAACGCGAUCAAGGAUAGCGGAUCUCUGUUGUACGUGACCAAGUGGGAGGAUGAUUGGCCCUUGGACGCUUUUGUACAAAAGCUGCCCGUCUUCGGAUCAAUCGAGCGAACCAUCUACACGCCCAUCGUCACAGCCCUUGUGCUUUUGUUCUCCAAUCUCCUGUUUGAUCUCUACGCUCGUGGCGCUUCAGUAUCUCGAUCGGUGCUCAGGCCUACAGCCAAGGUGUACGCUCACGAAGCUCGAUCCAGACUUCCUGCUGGUGUCACCAAGAACCUGGACCAAGGCUUCGACAGGGGUUCCGAUCUGGCUAGCGGUUGGAUCAAGAGCGCUUUGAAUGUGACCGGAGCCGCUGCGAGACGGCCACUGAGAGCUUUGGAACGGGCAGCUCAGACCACUUCGAGCAUUGCAAAUCUAAUCAGUCCGAUCGAAUUGCCUACGCCUUUCAUCUAUGCAUUGCCAAAAGAGAAGAUCCCGCUCAGUGAGCCUGUGCCUGUAAGAGCGCAAGCGUCGCUUUCCGCCCAAGAUAAUUCAAGCAUCCACCACAAAUCCGAAGGCAAGCGAUCGGUGGGAGGUCAGGAAGGAGAAAAGUUGAAUGCUGCAAGUCCUACCAGAUCUGUACGCGCCUUUCCGGAUGACGCGUCUGUCGACAGCUCUUCUGGUAGAGACGCCGUCGUGCGCGUCGGAGCUACCGAGGAUGCACCUGCCAGAGAAAUCAACAUUCCCAGUCGCAUCAACAACGAAGCACCUCAAGAGGAAAAGAUCAUUUCACAGGACCCAGCCACGGCUAGUGGUUCCCCUGCUCAACACAGUGGCAAGUCCCUAUUGGAGCGCAUUGAGCCAGAGGAGAUUGAUAGGGCCGAAAAGGCGCAAAAGAAAGCCCAGAGUCAAAAGGGAAAUGGCCGCAGGCAGGCUUCCAAAGAGAAUAUCAAGCAGCAGCCUUCAAACGAACAAUUGAAGCCCAAAGUGUCGAAGGAGAACAUCAAGAGGCAGCCGUCCAAAGAGAAUCUGAAAAGACAAGCUUCGAAGGAGAAUAUGUCGAAGAAGAGCGUCAAGGCGAACGAAGCGUCUAGUCCCAGCGCUCACGCUCACGCACACGCGACCUCGACCCCUGCUAUUCCUACUUCGACAUCUGGUCAACAUCUCGUGCCUCCGAGCGCAGAACCACAGAGAUCUGGUACGCAGAGUAGAAGCGUCUCGUCGGAUGAGGAGGAGGAGGACGAAGACGCGCACAGCACUGCUGGAACCCAGCACUCGGGCGAAGGAUCUAAAGGAGAGCGCACGACGGGACCGGGUAGAGGUCGAGGCAAAGGCCGCGGCAACAGGCGCGGUAGGGCCAACAAAAAGAACAAAGGCGCCAAGACUGGAAAUGGAGGGAAAGGAGGCGCACCCGGAACGUCCAACAGCGCUCCUGCCUCGUAGUGUGGUUCACGCCACCAUCACAUCGGACGUCGCAGUGCACGCGGGGCCGCAUCAAUGCGGCCCUCCAAUCU